AUGAUGGGGGAGACGGCUACGACCUCGCGUACCAUCGAUGAUGAGCUGCUGUGGUACUGCUCGUACGGCAGCAACCUGUCCCGCUCGCGCUUCAUGACCUACAUCUCCGGCGGGCGAGCGGCGGGGUCGAAGGUGGUCCACGAGGGAUGCCGCGACAUAACGCCACCACUGGACGACCGCCCGUUCCUCCUGCCCUACGCGCUCUCGUUCCCGCUCUGGUCCAACUGGUGGGGAGGAGGAGCGGCGGCUAUCGAUGUGUCCCGUCCGACGGUCGGGUAUCUGAUCCGACGGCAGCAGUUCAUCGAUAUCGUAGCACAAGAAAAUGGCAUCACUACGGCCUACGUGGAGGAGCGGCUCGACCUGGAUCGGGUCAAGAGGGAGAAGGCGGUGCGGCUGCUCGAGAACCACGCCUACGGCACGCUGGUAUGGCUGGGCGAGUGCGAGGAGGGCCACCCCAUAUUCACCUUCACACUCCACCCCGAAGCCAUCACCGACACCUACAAGGCCAGCCCGCCGUAUUUGGAGAAGCUGGCCCUCGGACUGUGUGAAGCACACGAGCUGAGCAUGGAGGGAGCGGCCGAGUACCUGCUUCGGCUUGAUGGCGUCCGACAACACUACACGCGAGAGAGCCUGCUCUCCGCCAUUAUUGUAGCCACCAGCGACGAUGGCGACGAUGAUGCCACCCACGGCCUCCUUGUCGAUGCGUAA